AAAGGGCAAGAAGUGAAAAAACUGGAAAUAAAUAUGGAAGAGAUGAAAGGCCCAUUGCUAGGGGAACUGCAGCAGAAGAUGGAGGAGACCGAAUUGCUGAAGAUGGAGUUGCAGAUGUUGGAGACAGAGAGAGUAAGGCUGUCACUGGUGGAAGAAAAGCUCUUGGAUGUAUUACAGCUUCUUCAGCAACUCCGGGAUCUGAACAUAUCUAAGCGAGCCCUGGGGAAGAUCAUACUCAACACUUUGGAAUCCUGCUGUGACCCACAACAUGGAAAGCCACAUAUUUUUGAAGUCCUGGAUACCCUCUACCAUGAACUGACUGCCUGUGAACUCAUUCAUAGCAAGUCUCUGGAAACAACUCCUGGUCAUCAGUCCUUGGUUAACCCAUUGGUUAUCUCCUGUUGAGCAAGUGAUUAUUUCCACAUAUAGGGCUUCUAAGCUACAAUGCAAAAUACAAGCCGGCGACUAGAGAUGAUUUUAAAAUUUUUCAUCCUUACUGUUUCAACCCCCAAAUUCUGUUUCUGUUUCACUUCUGCCCUGUGUGAAUCAAAACCCCUAUUCUUUGAGUUGGAUCCACUGGAUUUUUGCCCAUGGAGCACAACUGUCUUGCCCCCCCCCCACCUCGCUGCAGCCCAAAA